AUGAGUGACCGAUACUUAGAACAAAGAAUUCAUAUCAAACUUUGUGUAAAGUUAAACAAAUCUGCCAGUGAGACACUCGAAAUGUUAAAAGAAGUUUAUGGAGAUGAAGUAAUGUCGAGAGCAAGAGUUUUUGAUUGGCACAAAAGGUUUAAGGAAGGUAGGGAUGAUGUCCAUGAUGAUGCCCGGAGUGGGCGCCCCAUCACUCAUAGGACCAGUGAAAAUGUUGAAAAGGUCAGAGAUUUGGUUCGUUCAAAUAGUCGAUUAACUGUAAGAAUGAUGGCUGAAAAGUUGUCUUUAGAUAAAGAAACAGUUAGACUUAUUUUGAAAGAGAAUUUGAAUAUGAGGAAAGUUUCUGGGAAAAUUGUGCCUAGAACAGUUUCAGUAGAUGAUGCUGGUGAGGUAGAGCUAAAAUAG